AUGUGCUGGCAAAUACGGUUCCCAGCCUUACACAAGAAGCAGAUUGCACCACUAUUAUCAACUGCAAAACAACUUCAACUACAACUACAACUUCAACGUCGACGUCGACGUCGACGUCAAAAACCACUACAACAAUUACACCCACCGAAUGCCCGUCAUGCACUCCAUGCCCUUCAUGCGCAACACCGACAAGCUACGGUUCAAGAUUGGACGUCCUUUAAGCUUGAGUGGACGGAGAAGUCCAAGAAACCUAAAAACCCGGAGUCCUACGUGUUGACCCCGUCAUUUGAUUCCCCGACUAUCCUAACCAUCACUGGUGACCAGCACGUAUAUGAGCAGUUUACAGUCUAUCUGGUCAACACUCUCCUUGGAAAAACCUCUGACAUUCCGUCUUCUCUAAGCCUGGGAGAAGAUGACUGUGGCAAAGAUGCGAACGAAUGCAUGAAGAAAGGAUGGUCCCAUGGCACAUUCAAAAUCCCAGAAGGACAGCAAACUAUUCUCAUCUCAUGGGAGAACUCAGGGCGAAGACCUGAUGUCCAGCAGACCUGGAAUCACGGUACUGGCCAGUAUAGGUUUGAUAAGGCCGUUCCGUGUGAACAGGAAAAUGACGAGCAGAAGAACCAGGAGAAGCUCAAAGCUAUGGGUAAAUAA